ACAAAAUUUAGAGAAUAUUGUGAAUGGAAUGGGUGAAUUAUGGUCUAAGGUGGAAGCACUUGAGACCGAAGUUCGGCAGUUAAAUGAACAUGUAUUAGCGAAUCAAUGGUUGCAACCUCAUCGGUUUAAUGAAAUGGCUCAGGACAAAAUAUCCACAUCCAGAGAGGUUGAAGAGCGGCCUGCAUUAACCAACUCCCAGACACCAAGUUCGUCAGAGCUCAGGGCACAGGUGCAGGAGGAAGUUCUUCCACAGGCUCUCUGUCGAGCUAUGAUUCAUUUUGGUGAGAAGCGCAAGCAAUUAAGGGAAAGGAAUGCUGCACCAAACAAUCCGGGCGAGACCAAGUAAUAUCAAAUGCAAUAACUAGAAAUAUAGACGAAGUUUGCUAAGACCUUUGUUUUACAUUGUUAAGUGUUUCCUGUUGAAAUAACCAUUGGAUUGUUGGAAGUGGUUCUAGUUUUUAGUCAGUAUCCCUAUUAUUUAAGAAGUUGAUUUACAUUGUUUAUUUGUUUUCCUAGACUUAAAGCACCACUUGCUUAUUGGUUUGUGUUCCCAUUAUUAAGGUUAGUGGAUUAAUGUUUUCUUUAAUUAAUUAAGUUUGAUGUA